UCAAAAAAUUGUUAUUUUUUGUUUUUGUGCGCGCGUGUGUUGAGUGGUUUUUUUUUAUCGGGCCAAAGCCAAAAGUGUUUCUAUUAUCGGGCGACGGAGCAUUAUAAUAAACUAGCAGCUCCCAGCAGAAGAUGGGCAACGCCGGCUACUCAUGCAUCCGCCGCACCUUUUGCUGGCUCAACAUCAUUCUGUGGCUGUGCAGCUGCGCCUUCCUUGGAGCCGGCCUGUGGCUGCGCCUCAGCUACGAGGGCUACGCAACGCUGCUGCCACAGAAUGCGGGACUGAGCGCGGACACGAUCUUCAUGUGCAUCGGCGGCAUCGGAUUUGUGGUCAGCUUCUUAGGCUGCUGCGGCGCUUGGGUACAGUCCCGCUGUCUGCUGGUGCUGUACUUUAUGCUGAUUGUGAUGCUGUUCAUGAGCGAGUUCCUGGUGGGCUCCAUUGCGUUCCUCUUUCGCGGCGGACUCGGACGCACGCUGGCCAACGAGCUGCGCUUCGGCAUCGAGCGCCAUUACAAUGCCAGCGAUCGGGGCUCGCUGGUGGCGCCAUCUGUGGCAGCCAUUUGGGACAGUGUGCAGCAGUCGUUUGAAUGCUGCGGCGUGUCGUCGUACGAGGACUGGUAUGACAUACAGUCGUGGAGCGGCAAGCGUUGGGUGCCGGACUCCUGCUGCCGCCAGCUGUACGAUCAGCGCCAGCUGAUGACCGAGGGCUCCGGGGAUGGGGUGAUGCGCGUGGAUUGCGGCAGAUCCGAGAAUCCCACAUUGUGGUGGGACAAGGGCUGCGCCCAUUCGCUGCAUAGUUGGUUCAAUGGCCAGCUAAAUGUGAUCGGCGCCAUCGGACUGGGCAUUGCGUUUGUCCAGCUCUUCGGGCUGAUUACCUCGAUGCUGUUGUUCUGCACGGUGAAGCACAAGAAGGUCUCCGACACGUACAAGUCGUACUCGCCAUCGAUUGAUCCGCAGACGCGCACCAGCAGCUGGGAGGAUUGAACUCAUCUCUAGAUUGAUCCGAUCCUCCGCAACACGCGGAGAAUUUCUAAAGCAAGGCGCCGAGACACAGGCUAUUGCAAAUAUUAUUACCCCCCCCCCC